AUGGCCCGCCCCAGGAAGGCGAAGCCGCCGCCGCCGCCGCCCUCGCCGUCCAUCGCCGAGGCGCUGCUGCUCGCCACGGUCUGCAUGGUGGGCCUGCCCGUGGAGGUGCGGGUCCGCGACGGAUCCGCCUACGCCGGCGUCCUCCACACCGCCUGCGUCGACGCCGGAUACGGUGCGCGCUCCGCUCUUCCCUCACUCCCCUUCCUCCCGCUCCCAAACGUAAAAGCUCGCCCUUGCUGGGGUCCGCCCGCAGGGUUUGGGGAUCACGGGAAUGCCGUCCGGGACGUGAUCCAACAGUGGGUGGAGUCGGGCGGUGGCCAAGAUCUCGGUCGUUUCAUCUUGGCUGGGGUGGUUGAUUUUGCGGUGUCGUGGGAACCACAGCAUGAUUGGACUCAAGGUGUCGUGCUAAAGAAAGCAAAGAAGAUUGCAAACGGGAAGGGAGAUGCGAAUCUGUCGCUGGGAUCAUUUGUGGACACUCUUGUUAUUUGCCCAGAUGACCUUGUUCAAGUGAUUGCAAAGGGUCUUUCGCUCCCCCUUAAAGGUGUUUGUAAACCUCUUGACUCCAACAUGGUGGCUGCCAGUGGAUCCUUGAAGCCUCAAACUUCUCAUGCAAAUGACCUGAAAAUGUCUGAAACUGAAAAUAUAUCUCCACUUAUGCAAGCUGAGAAAUACGCCUCGGUGGGUCAGGAGAAAAAUACUUCUGUUAAGAAAAAUGGUCAAAAUAGUGGUAGCACUACAAGUUUAAGCUCCUCAACCGGACAUGCGGGGCCAUGUUUCUCCAAGCAUAAAGUUGAUGUUGUUACAAGUUCGGCUAUAGCUGCGCCCGUGGUGGCUUCAGAUGUUAAACCCUCUAAGCCAGUCAAUAAUUCAGUUACCAAGAUUGUCACUUCAAGCAAAACCGCUGCUAAGGAAUUUAAACUCAAUCCUUGUGCAAAGGUCUUCUCUCCAUCUUUUGCAAGUUCUAGGCAAGUACUUGCAGCUACGGCCCCUGUUGACACAUACUACAUUUCACACUCUGCCCCUGAAGCACCAAUGGGCGUACCUGUAUAUGAGUCAAAAUCUGUGUCAGGCAUUUCACCUCUAUCCAACAAGGUUCAUUGUAGUAACCUGUCUCCUGCAAACUAUGCCAUUUCACCUCAAUAUGUUCAGUCAAUCGUGGGCCAUAAUGCAUCGAGGCUAGACCCAGCCAGAGUUGGCACACCAUACCAUCCCAUGCAGGUGGGCGCAACCUACACUACCCCUAGUCCUCAGCCUGUAAUGACUGGGAAGUUCAGUCCUGUUGUUUAUGUUCAACCAGUUCCUCAGGAUGCAAUGCAUGGAACACCCCUUGGUUUUCAAGGAUGGCCUCGCCCUGUGCUGAUGAAUUCAUAUCAAGCUAGCAUGCAGAAGUUUCAAGGCAACACCCCGGUGUAUUUGGCCCCUCCAGUCAUGGCAACUGGGAACCUGCCAUUGGUGGUACCAAGCCCUUCACUUGUGCAGCCGUUCCAGGCCAUUCAUCCCAUCAUGGUCCCUGCUGCAAGCAGCGUGGUCCCAGUAAAAUACAUGUAA